AUGCCUAGCAUAAAGAAGAUCCUCCGGGCCAUCUUUGUCCUGGGCCCCGUCGUGUCCAACGCCGCCCCGCUUUUCAACUGGCCUCUGAUGUCGCGGAACGACUUGUAUGUUCCCGAAGGUGGGCUCGCCGAAGGAGAGGGAAGCUAUCCGGCCGCUGCAUCAGUGCCAGCAGAAGAAGCCGUCACUCCUGCCGCAGAAACGGCCGCAAUGGCCGAGGCAACCGCGUAUGCUGCUGCUGCCACCCCUGAGGUUGCUUCCACGCCAGCUGCUGCCGCUGAGUAUUCCGUCGCUGCCGCCGCCGUCGAGACUCCCGCCGCUGUCGAGACUCCUGCCGCUGCCGAAACUACUGCUGCUGCCGAGACUACCGCUGCAUCCGCCACUGAGACGGCUGCAGCCGCUGCAGAAACCGCUGCGGCUGGCGGCCUUUCCGACAUCGAUAUCCUGCAAUUCGCCCUGACGGCCGAGCAUCUGGAAUCGGAAUUCUACAGGCAGGGCUUCGCCAAGUUCCCUGCUGAAGACUUCAAGGCUCUGGGCCUCAGCGACGACGACAUCGCCGCCCUGCAGCAGAUCGGCGCCACCGAGGCCAGCCACGUCUCGACGCUCCUCUCGACCAUCGCCUCGGCCGGCACGCAGCCCGUCGCCCCGUGCGAGUACGAAUUCGGGCUCACGGACGCCGAGACGAUGCUGAAGACGGCGCGCAUCCUCGAGGCCGUGGGCGUGUCGGCGUACCUGGGCGCGGCCCCGCUCAUCAGCGACGCGGCCGUCCUCAGCGCCGCGGCGUCCAUCGUCACGGUCGAGGGCCGCCACCAGACGCUGAUCCGCACCGCCUCGGGCGCCGAGCCCGUGCCCGCCGCCUUCGACACGGCCCUGGGCCCGCGCGCCGUCUUCACCCUCGCCUCGCAGUUCAUCAAGAGCUGCCCCGACGGCUCCAACCUCAACGUCCAGGCCUUCCCGGCCAUCUCGCUCGGCAGCGCCACCAAGGCCGAGGCCGGCCAGAGCCUCGUCCUGGAGGACCCCGCACAGCCCGAGGGCGCCCAGUUCUGCGCUUUCAUGAGCAAUGGCGGCGUUCAAUUCUCCUCUUUGGCCAACGGCAACUGUGAAGUCCCGCAGGGCCUCAUCGGCGAGACGUUCAUGAUGGUUACGAGCAAGAAGGGUAUCACUGACGAUGACGUCCUUGCUGGCCCUUCCGUCCUUCAGAUGACGUAG